AUGGGAAGGACUCCUUUGGCCUAUUCGGCGGAGUCCACGGCCGUACUUCCGAUCAAAGAUCCCCAUUCCCAAAAUUAUCGUAAUUGUUCCGACAACAACAGUAGCAGGUAUUCAAAAUGGGUGCCAUGGCUGGUGCCCGCCAUCAUCGUGGCCAAUAUAAUCAUCUUUAUCGUCACCAUGUACGUCAACAAUUGCCCCGCCCAUUACGACGAGGCAGACUGCCUUGCCGCCCGGGAGCUCGGCCCCUUUGCGUUCCAAAGCACGCACGAGAACCCGUUGCUCGGCCCAUCCUCCACCACGCUCCUUGCAAUGGGAGCAAUGGAGGUGAAGAAGGUGGUAGAGCAGCACCAAGUGUGGCGAUUGGUGUCGUGCAUGUGGCUGCACGCCGGGGUGAUUCACAUCUUUGCCAAUAUGUUGAGCCUUCUAUUCGUCGGCAUUCGUCUCGAGGAAGAAUUCGGAUUCGGCAGAAUCGGUUUGCUCUAUGUGAUCUCAGGAAUGGGCGGGAGUUUGUCGUCCGCUUUGUUCGUUCGAGACAACAUCUCCGUGGGCGCCUCGGGCGCGUUGUUUGGUUUGCUCGGCGGAAUGUUGUCGGAACUCUUUGUAAAUUGGACAAUAUACGAGAACAAGGUGGAAUCGCUGGUGAGCUUGGUGAUUAUCAUAUUAAUAAAUAUGGCGGUGGGAAUCUUACCUCAUGUGGACAACUUCGCCCAUUUGGGAGGAUUUAGCACAGGAUUCUUACUGGGCUUUGUUCUUCUGAUCCGCCCUCAGUUCGGAUGGGUCAAGAACUUUAACAAUAAUAACUCCAAGCCCAAGUACAAGGCCUAUCAGUGCUUCUUGUUGAUCAUUGCCGCCAUCAUUUUGAUUGCCGGAUUCACGGUGGGAUUACUACUGCUGCUUCGAGGGGUGGAUGGAAAUAACCAUUGCUCUUGGUGUCAUUACCUGAGCUGUGUCCCCACGCCAUUAUGGAGCUGCGAUGCACGAUGCAUGUCCAUCCAGUUUAACAAUCAGCUGAACUUGACAUGCGUGACGACCCAUAGGAGCCAAAUUUUUAUGUUGGACGACGCCGUCAACAACACUGCCCGGAUUCAAAAUCUUUGCGUCGAGCUUUGCCGCUAG